GGAUGGUGACUGUUUGUCAGGAGGAAAGGAGUGUUGUGUUGAGGCCGACAACAGAACCAUGGACAGUAAUUCUAAAACACUGCGCUUUAUUAAUAAACGAUGGAAGUGCAAGACCAAACCACAGAGACAAAUCUGAAAUCUGCUGCUGUUUCUCUCUCGAUACUGCGUCGCUGACUGCGGGUCACAGUAUUCCAGAUUGAUGAGGGUGCCUUGUGUCGACACAGACGGAAGCCUAUCUUAGGUCUUUAUCUAGUCUAUAAUAAGCAACACGGACCUGCUUUUGGUCUUAGUAACCAGGGACUACCCGCUGAGGCUGCUGAACACUGGUUUUAAGCUCUUCAUUCAUGGACCAAUAUAGCGACGAGCCACCAUGUCGCCUGCUUGAAAACAACCAUACAGCUCUGGUGCUGAAAUUGCAUCGCGGGUUUAAAAGCUGAUUUUUGUUUGAAGACGCCCUGAAAUCCGUUAUUUGAACCCUCAGUCUCAUGAAUGAACCUCGACAACAUCUACCUACAUAGAGGUCAAUUUACCUCUCAACAUUUACUUCAGUUCAGAAGAUGCUGGGAAUAUUUCGCGGGCGGAGGAAGUUCCUGGCAGCCUCUCUUGCCUUGCUUUUCAUCCCCUCAUUUACAUGGCUUUACCUGUCAAUUGGAAAUUUUCAAGUGAAGCCCCUACCACUAUCUUCAUUGGAAGCUCAGUCACCUGCACCUUUGAGUGACACAAAUGCACGGCUAGCCUUAGAACUGAGGAUACGUGCAGUCGAAGAAGAGAACAGGGCACUCCGCCAGGAGCUCAGUCAUCCACCCAGGAAUUCAUCUGCUUCCCAUACAAAUGGCACCAGCCGAGGGAUCCAAAGCCGAACUCAUUCAGAAGAAGGCACCAGUAACAAUGAAGGCCAUAAAAAUGCAGCUGUGGGAAACAACUCUAACUGUUUACAACAACAACUGGUGGAUAAGUGUGAGACUAUCCAUGUGGCCAUCGUAUGUGCAGGUUACAACGCAAGUCGAGACGUAGUAACAUUGGUUAAAUCUGUCCUUUUCCACAGACGGAACGCUCUUCAUUUUCAUUUCAUCACAGACUCAAUUGCAAAGCGGAUUCUCUCCGCUUUGUUUCAUUCUUGGAUGGUCCCGGCUGUCAGGGUAAACUUUUAUGAUGCCGAUGAGCUUAAGUCUGAAGUGUCAUGGAUCCCUAAUAAACAUUACUCUGGCAUCUACGGACUAAUGAAACUGGUGCUCACCAAGACACUGCCCUUGGAUCUACGAAGGGUCAUUGUUCUUGACACAGAUAUCACUUUUGCCACCGACAUCGCUGAGCUUUGGGCUGUCUUUCACAAGUUUAAAGGACAGCAGGUUCUGGGUCUAGUAGAGAACCAGAGUGACUGGUACCUGGGAAAUCUGUGGAAAAACCAUCGACCCUGGCCAGCACUAGGUAGAGGUUUCAACACUGGGGUUAUUUUGCUUCUCCUGGAUCGGUUACGGAAGGUCAGAUGGGAGCAGAUGUGGAGGUUGACUGCAGAAAGUGAACUAAUGAGCAUGCUGUCCACGUCAUUGGCAGACCAGGACAUCUUUAAUGCAGUGAUCAAGCAGAACCCAUUCCUUGUGUACCAGCUACCCUGCUUUUGGAAUGUCCAGCUGUCAGACCACACUCGCUCUGAAAAAUGCUACAAAGAUGUAUCAGACCUGAAGGUGAUCCACUGGAAUUCCCCUAAGAAACUGCGAGUCAAGAACAAGCAUGUUGAGUUUUUUCGGAAUCUUUAUCUUACUUUCCUUGAGUAUGAUGGCAACCUGCUGCGACGAGAGCUGUUUGGCUGUCCAAGUGAAGCUGACCCCAACAGUGAAAAUCUGCAAAAGACUCUUUCAGAACUAGAUGAAGAUGACCCCUGUUACGAGUUUCGACGAGAGAGAUUUACAGUUCAUCGAACGCAUCAAUAUUUCCUCCACUAUGAGUAUGAGCCCAGUUCUGACAACACUGAUGUCACUCUUGUUGCCCAGCUAUCUAUGGACAGGCUCCAAAUGAUGGAAGCUAUCUGUAAGCACUGGGAGGGUCCCAUCAGCUUAGCCCUAUACCUUUCAGAUGCUGAGGCACAGCAGUUCCUGCGCUACGCACAGGGAUCUGAAGUGUUAAUGAGUCGCGGAAAUGUAGGUUACCAUAUUGUCUACAAGGAGGGACAGUUCUAUCCAGUCAAUCUCCUGCGAAAUGUGGCAAUGCAGCAAGUCAACACACCCUACAUGUUCUUAUCAGACAUUGACUUCCUGCCCAUGUAUGGCCUCUAUGAGUAUCUCAGGAAAUCAGUGAUACAGCUUGACAUGGCCAACACCAAGAAAGCCCUAGUGGUUCCAGCCUUUGAGACUCUGAGAUAUCGCCUCUCCUUCCCAAAGUCUAAGGCGGAAUUACUUUCUCAGCUGGACAUGGGCACACUAUUUACCUUUAGGUACCAUGUGUGGACAAAAGGCCAUGCACCAACUAACUUUGCCAAAUGGCGGACAGCCACCACACCCUACAAAGUGCUGUGGGAGGCUGAUUUUGAGCCCUAUGUGAUGGUGAGGAGAGACAGUCCUGAAUAUGACCGCCGCUUUGUGGGCUUUGGCUGGAACAAGGUGGCUCAUAUCAUGGAGCUUGAUGCACAGGACUAUGAGUUUGUGGUCCUGCCAAAUGCCUACAUGAUCCAUAUGCCCCAUGCUCCCAGCUUCGACAUCACAAAGUUUCGCUCCAACAAGCAGUAUCGGGCCUGCCUUAAGAUCCUGAAGGAGGAGUUCCAACAGAACAUGUCUCGUCGCUUUGGCUUCGCUGCUCUUAAAUACAUGACAGCUGAGAACAACAGCUAGUCACCACUUCAGACUCAAACUCACCUAGGACUGAUCUACCCAAACUGUUAGUAGGUCAAAUACACUAUUUAAUUACUUAAUGAGGCCCUUUAGAAUUUCUUUUGUUUUCCAAGGAAAAGACCUUGGAUCCUGAGACUUUAAAAGAAGAUAUUGCCCUGAGCUUCUUUGACAUCAUACUUUAUCCUCUACUGUGGGUAGAAGUGAUAAUCAAGGAAGAGUGGACCUCUUUUGUGGUGUAUAAGACCACAGGCUCUGUGGGCCAAUGGUGCCAUCUGUCAGGCACUUUCAAGGAAGAGGACAGUUUCAAUGUCUUUUACUUGUGAGACCACUGACAUAUUUUGGGGCUAUAACAUGAUAUUGGGAGUGCGUUUAUCUUUCUUUCAGGACAGAACUUAGGAAAAAGCCUAGAAAGAGCAGAGCUGAAGAGGCCACCACAGUUUAACUGACAGCACAUCAUGACUUGGGUGCAGAUUGGCAGCGACAUUAAACAAUGUAGUAAAUAUGUGCAAACAGAUUAAAAAUCUCUCUCUCGUUUUUUUCACAAUAGCACUGUAUCAGUAUCAGACAUUAAAUUGUGUGUUUUCCCUUCACUAUGCUGUCAGAUAUCACCACAAUAAAUUGGGGGAAGACUAUUUUAAGAUGGGUGUGUGUUGUGGCUGCAUCCCAGCUGAGAAGAGAGAACUAGCCUGAUGCAAGAGCCAAAAAAUUGUUGUAUUUUCUACAGCGUGUACAACCCCCAAAGAUAAACAUAAUUUGUUCCAUUUUUCAUCCACAAACGGAGCUGCGAUUAAAUCAAACACUGUCUGUGGGUUUGGAGUUGUUUUUAGUUGUUGGUCUUUUUAAAACAAUUUGAAAAUUUGGGAGGCUUUUAGAGACCCCAGUGUUUUUUUGUUUUUUUUAUUAGUCCUGUGGAGAAGGGAGAAGUGGAGGCCAGGGCAAAAUGGCAUUACUAUAGAAAGCUUUUUUAAUUAUGUUAUGACCAAGCCACAAACAACUACUAAAACUUCAGCAUAGGAGCAAAACUGGACUUUUACUGUUAAAAAUGUAUAACAUGAUGCAAUCUAACCUUUAAACUAUGUUCUCAGUGCACAGUUUUUGGAGAAGAUUAUAAAGAGGUUAAAUGUUUUAAUGUGAUAAAUCCACUAAUAUCUAGAGCUUCUUUCAAAAUGAAAGUCAAGAAAGAUAAUGAGCUUUGACAAUUAAGGUAUGGGCCAGUUACAGGUAUCGAGGUGUUCCAAGGUUCAAAUAUUUUUUUAAUCAUUAAGGUUUUCCCUCAUACUGCUCCUAAUCAAAGCCAAAGUUCAGGAGUGAUCAUCUCUCCUUCCCAUCCUUUGGCACACAACUGUUCACUUAUAUUUCUUCUGUUCAAUACAAAAAGUAAGCCGUUGGGAAAGUCACUGAGGGAAAACCAGAAUGUUAAAGUAAAGGAGAACCGUCCAUUACUGUUUUUAAGGUAGAACCUUUCUGAAGGUACAGUUGGCAUAACAGGCAUGCCUGUGGAGGUGCAGAACACAUGCUUGUUUGCUGAGCUAAUUAACCAGCUAAUAUCAGCUUGUUAGACUCUGAUUCUUAAUACAGAGCAGAUCAACAAAAAGUGCAAUAAGCACAGAAUCCAAUCCAAAUCAGUGAGUUGUCAUUCAGUAUUUUGCUUAAGGCUUCAAUUGCUUACUAAAGUUUUAAAGCGUUAUCGUCAACACUAACAUUAUCACACUGUGCCUACGCUCAGUAUGCUUUUCCUGACAAAUGAAACUUGAAAAGGAGUAAUGACUAUGCUCACUGCUGAAACAUUGACUUCCCAAGUCGAAAUAUGACUUGGGGAAUUAUGCUGGUUGGGUCGGAUCGAGGCUGUGGCAGGUGUGAUUACACCCUUAAAUUCAAUCAGAUGCUGUAUCAUUAAAAACCUUGGGAAAUCACAUAUGGAGUUGGGCUCGUUGUAGCAACCUGGUCUACAACUCCAGGAAAAAAAAAAUCUUUAAGCUUGCAGGUGAGACAUUGGGUCUUAUGAUCUUAGGUGACACUUGGGGAUACAGCUGCCUCUAAAUCAACAUGUGCUCUGGUGAAACUAGUGGUGGUUAUCUUUGGGGACGGCUUUUCUCUCCCCCUAUUGUGUGACUGCAGUCUCCCCUCAGAAUGUAAGAUACAAAGUGCUUGUUUUUCUUUAAAGAUGUGUGAGUGACUGUUGUAUCUGAUGCUCAGUAUGUGUGUGUUGUGUUUUGCAGAACUAAUCUAGUCUGGAACUUGGGCUGGACCUCAGCUGUUACUUGAAUAAAAGCAAAGAGUCAA